GUCGAGGUGCGGAAGAGGAGCGAGUCAGGUUUUGAGGACGCUGCGCAGACGCCACUCACGGGUCGGACGUGACGUAAGGAUUGUUCCGGCUUCGGCCUCCGCCGCUGCCUCCGGUACUUCAGCUGCCGCCGCUGCCUUCGCCGUGGCUCGUUCUUCCUAAAAUGGCGCCGCUAGAUCUGGACAAGUAUGUGGAGAUUGCGCGGCAGUGCAAGUACCUUCCCGAGAACGACCUGAAGCGACUGUGUGACUAUGUUUGCGAUCUGCUCUUGGAAGAGUCGAAUGUUCAGCCAGUGUCAACACCAGUAACAGUGUGUGGGGACAUACAUGGACAGUUCUAUGAUCUUUGUGAACUGUUCCGAACUGGAGGUCAGGUUCCUGACACAAACUAUAUAUUUAUGGGUGAUUUUGUAGACAGAGGUUACUAUAGCUUGGAGACCUUCACUUAUCUUCUUGCACUAAAGGCUAAAUGGCCUGAUCGUAUUACACUUUUAAGAGGAAAUCAUGAGAGUAGACAGAUAACACAGGUGUAUGGAUUUUAUGAUGAGUGCCAAACAAAAUAUGGAAAUGCUAAUGCUUGGAGAUACUGUACCAAAGUUUUUGACAUGCUCACAGUAGCAGCUUUAAUAGAUGAGCAAAUUUUGUGUGUUCAUGGCGGCUUAUCUCCUGAUAUCAAAACACUGGAUCAAAUUCGAACCAUUGAACGAAAUCAGGAAAUUCCUCACAAAGGAGCAUUUUGUGACCUGGUGUGGUCAGAUCCUGAAGAUGUAGACACUUGGGCAAUCAGUCCCAGAGGAGCAGGUUGGCUUUUUGGAGCAAAAGUCACAAAUGAGUUUGUUCAUAUCAACAACUUAAAACUCAUCUGCAGAGCACAUCAGCUUGUACAUGAAGGCUAUAAGUUUAUGUUUGACGAGAAGCUGGUCACAGUGUGGUCUGCUCCUAACUACUGCUAUCGCUGUGGAAACAUCGCUUCCAUCAUGGUCUUCAAAGAUGUCAAUACGAGAGAACCAAAGUUAUUCCGGGCAGUUCCAGAUUCAGAGCGUGUUAUUCCUCCCAGAACCACGACGCCGUAUUUCCUCUGAGGCCAUUGCCAUCCUGCUGGCCCACUUUAUACCCUCUUUUACCCCAACUUUCUUGUACCCUCUACAAUAUACUUAUUAUUGAGCACUUUGCUGCUGAAAUGCUGCCUCUUGCCUUUUUUUUUUUAAAUUAUCUAAAUUUAUUAUUUGUUAUGGUGUCGAUAGCAAUGUUUUUCUAUCAGUUUUGUCACUCAUCCCAUCCCCACCUUGGACUUGUUUGAGAAAACUUGAGAAAUGUCUUAAUACUCACAUUGCUGCAUGUAGCUCUUGCUUAUUUACUGUUCUGGGGAAACAGGAAGCAUUUCCUUUUUUAAAAAGCCCAUUGACAAUUACAUGGAAAUCCUCAUUUGUAUCAGCCAGCCUUCUGCUUUUGUUUGGUAGGGUUAAGAAAUUUCAGCAGCAAAGUUGUCCAGUGGGCAGGAUGGACUGCAGAUGCCUGAGUCAUGUCCCCUUGUCGCAGCUGUAAACUUCACUGUCCAUUGUUGGAUGAUGAUUUGAUGUUUCAAAAGGGUAUAAAAUAAAUUGGUCUAAAGGGCUGCCCUCCUUGUUGUGUUUUUAAAUUUUAGUUAAAAACUGCUACAGCUUAUAACUUUGUACAUUAAGAUAAUUGUACUGAUCUUUUUUCAGAUUUCUUGUAUUUUUUAAUAAAGUAAUCUUAAAACCCAGAUAGGUUAAGUGUUAGAAAUUUUAAACAACUUUCAUUGUUAGCUAAAGGUUACUUUUCUUUUUCUUUUCUCUUUCCUUGUUUUCCUGAGAGUUUUUGACCCUUUGGUUAUUGAAUCUAAAAUUUCAGUUGAAAUUCAAUAUUUAUUUUUUUUAAAUACCACUAAAUUGUGCCUAAAGAACAUAACUGCCAUAGUAACACUUUGAUUUCUAUCCUCUAUAGUAAUAGGAAACAUUUAAUAGUUGUAGCGCUGAUGUGUAGAUUUGAUGCCAAUUGAGUAGAAUGUGUUCAAUCCAGUUUACACUCUCCUGAGUGUCAUCAAGUAAAUGAGUACUUUUCAGUAGCAAGCAUUCUCUCGCUGUAACCUUUGACCUUAACUUUUACAAAGUAUUCAGUUUUUAACAGCAACUUUAAAGGCUGAAAUAUCAGAACCCUUGUGUUUGUGAACUGUAAUCUGAAGCAGAUUAUUUAAAGUAUGGGGAAAAAAACAGGCGGUUUGCUUGUGAAGGUCUGUUAUGCCAUAUUUCAGCUUUGUGUGUGUAAUUUGACUAUAUAAAGGGUUGUGAUGAUCAGUUCUUGAUAUGUAAUUGUCCACUUAAUAAGGACAAGUAUAUCAUUAUCUCUUAUGACUGUUGUCAUAGAUGACUUUAGGAUGUACCAUCUUGUGAAAUUUUUGGUAUCCCUUUAUAGUGAUAAUUAUUUUUUGUCAUCCCAGGAAUUCCAUGUGAAGCAAUUGAUUAAAGCACUUUAGCAUCUGUUCAGGUAGUUUUAAAAAACAACUUUUCCCCUCCAGGAUAAGAACUUCCAGGUUACCUAAAAAUGCAAUAAAAAUCUUAAUAGUCUAAGCUUCUUGGCAAAUACUAUUUCAUCAGGGUUUCUUUUACUAAUGAGCACAAUAUUUUUUUGAUUUUAUUUGUCCCUAAUCACCCAGCCCCUUGUACAGUUUUUAAUUGUGUAGUCUAUGAAAGAAGUGACUGAGACAUUUGCUGCACACACUUGAACUAAUGGUGGGUCAGUAGCUUUGUGUUACUUUCCUAACCCCAGUGUAAUUCAGGUGGAAAGGUAUUUUUAUCUCACAGGAAUAUGUAGCUAUGUAUUUUAUUAAUUGUGAAACACUGGAAUUAAUGGUGCAGACAACUUGAUGUGGUUUUUGAACAACUCUCUGCAGUAUUUUCUUGUUUGUGUUAUCAUAAGUUGUAUUUAAGUGCUUGCCCUCCACUGCUUUUAAGUUGUACCAGUAAAAUCAGUAACUCAGUCCACUCUUUCUGCUUCACACUCCUUAGCUUAGGUUGGUGUGGUUGUUUUUAUUCUCCUUUAAUGUGACUUAUUUUCAAGUCACGGUGUACUGCUUUUGUUUGUCACUAGCUGGGCAUGUGCCAAUAAUAUUCUUCCAUCCCUUAACUGCCAUCUCUGUUUUGCCUGACUUUUCUUCAACUGAACAGUGGCUUUGAGGCAUGGAAAAAGUAGUUUUUCUAUUAGACUUGUGAAGGAAAGAAAGAGUGAAUGUAUUGGACCUUGCAAGCCUGAAAAAGAAUAAUUGGAUCCCUCUACUAAACAAGGGCUAUGUAUUUAUUAUUCAGAGUAAUCAUGUGAUGAGAGACACUUGCAAGCCAGAGAUCUGAAGUGGAGGGAAUCUGCUACUCCCUGUGUCUAGGCUGAAUGUAAAAUACCCUAUGUUGUAUCAAUGGGGCUAAGAACUAUUUUUAUUUGACUGUGAUAUACUUGGUUUCUAAUAAAGUGUCCUAGGUUCCAGUGA